GUAUCCUGGAAAGAUAUUUACGAUGGUAUACGCCAUUCUGCAAUGCAUCUACACGGGGUUAAAGUAUCUGACUGAUGCCCACAGGAUGAUGAACGCGGCUAUUGCUGCUUGGAAUUGGAUUCAUAGAAACAAAAUGAAUAUCCCUGAACGCGAACUAGCACAUUCAUAUCGACAACCAUACGGGACCAGAUAUAUAAUAGAAAGAGAAAUUGAAGUCAUCAUAAGGCGGGGUGACAUCGCUGAUGAAGAUGUUGAUGUAAUUGUUAAUGGGGUCGAUGGUAAACUUCGAGGCGGGGCUGUUGCUAGGGAUAUUUCUAUGGAAGCUGGUGAAGGUAUCAGUGAGGAAAGAAAACAAAAAAUGAGCGAUCGAGAAGGGCGUGAGUUAGAAGUAACAGAGGUGCUACACACUGGUGGCCACAACCUUAAAGCGAAGUAUGUUUUACAUGCUGUUGGACCACCAAGUAAAUUAGACAACCAAUUCUCGUACCUCCUGAAGCAAACAUUCUAUAAUUGUCUGGAAUAUGCAGAUGUAAACCUUGAAGUUACAUCCAUUGCAAUUCCGUUAAUAGGCUCUGGAGUAGUUGGUGGUCGUAUGGAAGAUUGCGCAGAAUCGCUGGUGCAUGCUGUCAAGAAUUUUUCGCAGAAUUACAGUUUUAAGACGGUGAAUGAAAUUCGACUCGUCAAUAUUGAUGCAGAAGCUACUUCCUCAAUUGAAACUAAGGCCUCCGAUUUCUUGUACCUCCAUUCGUGAUAAAUAUGUUUUUCAACUCACAUUUCUUGACAUGGCUUUCGUGCUUCUAUAUAGUUAUAAAUAUGAUUAAGGGUAUAUCUGACCCACACUAUAGGAUAACUCUUUAAAUCACUGCUUAAUAUCAGAUAAUUAACAAUUCAAUUUCAAUUCAAAAGACAUUUAUUUACUUCCAUAGUACAAAAGCAAAUACAGUAUAGGCCUAUACAAACAGAUGUGAUUUAAAAGAAUGAUAAAAAUAAGCAAUGGAAAAAGGCAAGAUCCCGAGAAGAUGCAUGCCUUGAAGUCAAUACAGAUA